AUGAAGACCCACCUGCUGACGCACGGCGAGAGGCCGGCCAUCAAGUGCUACGAGUGCGACAAGACAUUCGCGUCGCAAUCCUCGUAUCACCAUCACAUGAACUUUACCAAGACACACGCUGGGAACGACGCGUUUAAAAUAAAAUGUCCGUUGUGCGACCGCGGCUUCCGAACGAAGGCGGACUGUCGCGACCACGUCAACUAUAGGCACCGCGGGAAGUCCAACCACAAGUGCGAUAUUUGUAAUAAAGAUGUAACAGCGUUAAGGGAGCACGAGUCCCACCAUACCGGGGAGAAACUACUUACCUGUAAAUUAUGUGGCAGUAGCUUUAGGACCAGUGGGGCUCUUAGUAGACAUAAGAGGGUAGUCCAUAAUGUUGUUAAUAGAUUACUACUGUUAAAACACACAGAAUCGGACAUUGAAGAUGUGGAACAAUAA